GAGAUCAGCGCAGCAGGGUUUGGAUACAACAGUCUGUCUAUAUUCCAUAGUUUCUACUAGAACRCAGGAAUUGUAGGAAAGCGGCUACUUUUCGAUAUAAGUGUUGCCUUCGAUUUGCUGUGGAAUUCGUCCUUCGUGCAGCCUAAGGGACUCAGUAACCUCACCUUUCUUGGUUGCCAUGGCAGCCAAGGCAUCCAAAGRGAAGUGGGWGGCCCUAAAGGAGCACCUGACCAGCAGCCCCCCGGACCCAGAUGCUCACCUGGAGGCCAACUUGGAGAAUGCAGAUCCAGAGCUAUGCAUACGACUGCUACAGGUACCCACGGUGGUCAACUACUCAGGGCUGCGGAGGCGUCUGGAGGGGAGURACCAGGACUGGAUGGUGCAGUUCCUGGAGCUCAAUGGGCUGGAUCUGCUGAUGGAGGCCCUGGAGAGGUUGUCUGGCCGUGGGUGUGCCCGCAUCGCUGACGCCAUCCUCCAGCUCACCUGUGUGGCCUGUGUGAAGGCAGUGAUGAACUCCUCCGCUGGGCUGCACUUUAUACUGGACAAUGAGGGAUACGUCAGGACCCUGUCACAAGCACUGGACACGUCCAACACCAUGGUGAAGAUGCAGGUGUUUGAGCUGCUGGCAGCCCUCACCAUGUUCAACCCACAGGGACACCACCUGGUCAUGGAUGCCCUGGAUCACUAUAAAAGUGUGAAGAUCCACCAGUACCGCUUCAGCGUCAUCAUGAACGAGCUGCAUGYGACGGACAACGUGCCGUAUAUGGUCAUCCUCAUGAGUGUGGUCAACGUGAUCAUCUACAGGGUACAGGACCUGAGGAAGAGGGACAAACUACGCAAAGAGUUCAUCGGGCUACACUUACUGGAUUUACUUCCAAAACUGAGGGAGACGGAUGAUGUGGACCUGAACAUCCAGUGUGAGACCUUUGAGGACACCAUGGCAUAUGAUGGGGCUGAGAUGGAGAGCAUGUACGGAGGUAUUGACAUGAGCAGUCACCAGGAAGUCUUCGCCACACUCUUCACCAAAGUGAGUAGCUCCCCUGCCUCGGUGCAGUUGCUGUCCAUCCUGCACGCUCUGUUGUUGUUGGGGCCGGAACACAGCGAGGUGUGGCUGGCCCUGGAGGCCCUGGCUGACCGUGCUACUAUGCUGGCACAGGAACCUGAAGUUGACUCCACCGAGCGCUUGAUGGAACGUCUGGUGUCCUCCAAGGGUCAGCAAUGGUCACCUGAGGUCAAGGUCAAGACCACAGACAGGGGCGUUCAGAUAGACCUGAGAGAAAGAUUGACCGAUCAUUUGGGUGUCCUCAUUAAAGGAUCUACCUCCCCUGUUGCCACUGCACCCCCCCCUCCUUCUCCUCCUCCACCCCCACCACUACAAGGCAUGGCAGCAUUCGGCACACCCCCACCCCAACUUCCACCCCCACCACWWCWWRRCUWGWCWGRGAURMUGUCCCCUCCCCGGCCUCUCCCCGGUCUCCCUCCUACCCAACCUUCUCUACCAGGGAUGGGGCAUGKGGGUCCACCGCCUCCCCCACCCCUGCCUGGCAUGGGUCCCCCCCCACCACCACCCCUACCUGGCACAAUGGGUCCCYACCCACCACCACCCCUGCCUGGGAUGGGUCCCCCACCACCACCACCCCUGCCUGGGAUGGGUCCCCCACCACCACCACCCCUGCCUGGGAUGGGUCCCCCACCCCCACCACCMCUGCCUGGUAUGGGUCCCCCACCCCCACCACCACUGCCUGGUAUGGGUCCCCCACCCCCACCACCACUGCCUGGUAUGGGCCCCCCACCUCCCCCUGGUGGCGGUGACAUGAUUAUGGCCCAGAGUGUGCAGACACUGGGCCGAUCCUACUAUGCCCCUCCACCCAAGGCGGGCCGCUGCCCCACACUACGCAUGAAGAAGCUCAACUGGCAGAAGCUGCCAUCCAGAGUGGUGACUGACAGUCACUCCAUGUGGACAUCGGUACAGUCAGAUUCUCUGGAGCCUGACUACUCCAGUAUUGAGGAGCUCUUCUGUCUGCCAGUGAYUGAUUCAAAGGCCAAAGGCAGCGCCCCUGCGGUCAAACAGGAGCCCAAAGAGAUUUCUUUCAUCGAUGCCAAGAAAAAUCUUAACCUGAACAUAUUCUUAAAACAAUUCAGAUGCUCACAUGAGGACAUUGUGGCCAUGAUCCAAAAAGGGGACCGCUCCAAGUUCGAUGUGGAGGUGCUGAAACAGCUACAGAAGCUACAACCAGAGAAGCAUGAGAUGGAUAACCUCACGUCCUACCAAGGAGAGAGAAAGAAGUUAGCUGGUGUGGACCAGUUUUAUCUCCAGCUCCUAGCUGUUCCAUGCUACGCCCUGAGGAUCGAGUGCAUGUUGCUGUGUGAGGAGAUCAGCUCAGUGUUACAGAUGAUGCAACCUAAAGCUGAGCUGCUGGAUGAGGCCUGUGAGAGUCUGAGGGUGAGCACUCGACUGCCAAGCUUCUGCAAGCUCAUUCUGGACGUUGGAAACUUCCUUAACUACGGGAGCCACACGGGGAACGCUGAGGGCUUCAAGAUCGGAACCCUGCUGAAGCUCACUGAGACCAAGGCCAAUAAAAGUCGCAUUACGCUGCUCCACCACAUCCUACAGGAUGCUGAGCAGAACCAUGAUGACCUGUUGAACCUUCCAGAUGAUUUAGAGAUCUGUGAAAAGGCUGCUGGUGUGAAUCUGGAGUCUAUCCAGACAGAGGUGAGCUCGCUCAUCAAGCGGUUGACAGAUUCAGAGAAGAAGGUGGCUUCCUCUUCUGUGGAGGACAUCAAGGAGCAGUAUCUAACUGCAAUGCAGGGAAGCCUGGAGGCCUGCAGGGAGCUGGAGGAGAGGUUUUUCUCCAUUGACAGGAAGAAGGAGGACCUGGCACUGUAUCUGUGUGAGGACUCAUCUCGUCUCUCUCUGGAGGAGCUGUUCAGCACUAUAAAGACCUUCAGGGGACUCUUCAUCAAAGCUCUCAAGGACAAUCAGACCCGCCGAGAGCAAGCCAUCAAGGCAGAGAAGAGGAAGAAACAGCAGGAGGAGGAGGAUUCCAAGCGACCAAGAGGGGAUAACGGGAAAAUAAUUCGUAAAGCCCCCCCGGUCCAGGAAGAGGGCUGCAUAAUCGACCACCUGCUGUCUGACAUCAGGAAGGGCUAUGCACUGAGGAAGACCAGGCCCCAGGCCGACAGGACAAGCCUGCCCUCUGCAGACAAGAAAAGGGACAGCAGUCUGUCGGAGCAGGGCACACAGCCUGAGGGAUUGUCUGCUAUAGAUGCUAAAGAUGGAGAUGAAGUUGAAAAGGUGACAUCACCCAAUGACCAAAGACAACAAGACAGAGAUUCAGUCGUAGGGGAGUCCUCAUCCGGCCUCCCCACACACCCCUCACUCAUAUCACGUUCACCCGAAACCUUAGGCCCCUCAGACCUCCAUACCACCACCAAGGACCAGGGAACCUGUGAUCACACACAGAGUGAGGACCUCAAACCUGGGAUGGAUUCCUUGGCUGACCGCCUGGUCGAGGAGGAGUCCCCAGAGGUGGAGAGGGUUAAGGCUGCUGAUUCAGAGGUUGAGGAUGUGAACAGGAAGGCAUUCUCAGCUGGUGGGGAUGGUCCAAAGAGCGGAGACACAGAGAUAGAUGGGAACCAGGAAAGUGGGGCUGAUGGAAAGGGGUUAGAGGAGAGUCAAUCAUCAGAGUCCCCCUCAAACACAGCUGCUGGUGACGCAGAGCCCAAACAACAGGCACAGAAACGGGGGGAUACUAAGAGACAUAACGAAGGCUUUUCAGAAUCCCAGAAACACCAUCCACUAAUCCUGCAUGGAUCUAACCAAGUCAUUGGUGGGGCGGCAGGUAGCCUAGUGGUUAGAGCUUUGGACUUGUAACCGAGAGGUUGCAAGAUCAAAUCCCUGAGCUGACAAGGUGGACGCAAGAAGAAGGACAAGGCCAAAGGCAAAAAGAAACCAUGAAUGUUGACGCCAUCUUCCAGUGCUCCACCCGUCUGCCAAACAAAUACUAUGGUAUACAUUAUACUGUACUUACAAAUAUCUAUAUCAGCCAUGCAUGUUUCCCCCACUUUUUUCAAAGGAUUACCUAACGAACCUAGGUGAUGCUUGUUUUUCAAAAUGGAGACUUCCUUAUUGCACCCCCUAUAGUGGGGUCUUUGUAUUAUUUACUACGUCAAUAACAGGAUUUGGCAAUGAUAUGACAGGAACUGCUUUGCAACCAGCCCCAGGAAGUAUGGAUGAUGAUGAUGAUGAUGGGAUCAUUUGCAUGUUACAAUUUCAUCAUGGACAUUCAAUGUAUUUGACACAAUUUCAUUGAAAUAUUAUACAUUAUUUGAUGAAAAUCAACAUGUCUAUGUAUAGAAUGUUUCAAUUUGAUACUGAGACAAAUGUUUACAGUAGGUCUACAUGUUAUGUUUACUUGUUGAUACAGACUCUCGUUUAAUUUGGCAAAUAGAGGGCCCCUCAUUUAAUUUGGCAAAUAGAGGGCCUCUUGCCUACAGCCAAGCAUUGGUGUAAUGACUGUAAUGAAUAUUGGUUCAUGAUCAGUUAGCCAUUAAAUAUUGACAAGGUAACAGCAUAGAUAGAUCAUAAUAAUAAACUCACCUGUUUUUCCAGACACAACAAUGUUAUAGUGAUAAUUUGCUAUAGUCUCUUUUUUAACAGUAACAGUUAUUGUUUCUUAUUGCACUCUGCAUUAACAAUGUCAUUUAAAAAAGGUAUGCUAAUCAGGGAUUUAGUAGGCUAUAAAAAAUACUCUACAUACAAUAAAAUAAUCUGAUACACUC